AUACGUUUCUUAUAAAAUAAAAAUAACCAAUAGAACAUGUAUUUUUAAACUAAAAUAUUAAAGUUUAGUGAUAUAUUUGCGAAAUGGCGAUGACUUUUUGUGGAAAACGAUUGCUCCUAACAAAAAACUCAAUAUUUACAACUCUCAGGAAGCAACAUGGAUUUAUAGUAUUAGUUCCAGAAAUAGGAGAGGACUCACCCGAAAAAAAUCCUCUUCAUCACGAUGGACUUCCAGAAUUCAGUAAUAUUUCAAUUGAAUAUUGUCAGGCAGCUAUUGCUAAACAAACAUUGGAAUUUGAAGCAAGUGUCAAAAGUAUAGAGAAGAAAAUUGAGAACAAUGAAUGUAAGGAUGUGUUUAACGAUGUAUUUAAGCCGUUAGAGCAGGUAGGAGCUCCAUUGGAUAUGACAUGGGGGUUAUCAAAAACUUUAUAUUUGGGGAAUAGUUCUAAAAUGCCCACUAAAAGUUACUUAGGUAUUCACGAUCGUGCACGUAGAGCUAGAACUUCCAAGUAUAAUAGUGUGCCUAUAUACAAUGUUGCGAAAAAUGAAUUAGAAAUGGAUGAUGCUCAACAUUCUAAAGAAGAAAAAAGAUUGUUACAGAAAUUUGUUUUGGAAGGAAAACUAAAUGGUAUGGAGUUGGAUAGUAAGCAGAAAGAGUUACUUAUUUAUAGUUUGAGGAAAAUAGCCGUUGAAAAAGCCAAUUUUAGACAAAAAAUAGAUAUAGCUAAUAAGCAGUUUUCUCAUGUUAUUGAUGAUAGUAAAAUUGUAAGGGAUUUUCCACCAGAAACUUUGAAGGCCACUGCUCCUGAUCCGAAUAAACCUUUAAAUGGUCCAUGGAAGUUAUCUCUUCAACCACAUGUUUAUUUAUCGGUGAUGGAACAUUGUCCUGUAAGAGAAAUACGUUGGAAUCUUUGGCAAGCAAUGGUGAGCAGAGGUUCAAAUUACAUUAGCAGAGAACUAUCAACUAGUAUUCAUUUAGAAGAAAUAAGGUUUAUUAGAAGGGAUAUAGCAAAAAUAUUGGGCUAUGAAACUUUUGUGGACAUGUCGAUGGAAACCAAAAUGGCAGGCAGUUUGUCUACAGUUCAAAACAUGUUUAAUGUCUUGUUGGAACAAGCACUUCCAGCUCAAGAAGAAGAAAUCAACAAUCUGUACAAAUUUGCAACUGACAGGGGUUUUAGGUCGGAGAGAAUAGAACUGUGGGAUGUGCCUUAUUGGAGAAGGAAGCAAAAGAAAACACUGUUUGGCUAUGAUGAUGAAGUAAUCAAGGAAUAUUUACCUUUGAACAAAGUUCUGGAUGGUUUAUUCCAACUUUGUGAAAAGUUGUUCAACAUAGUUAUAAAGCAGAGAAGUAAUGUGUCUGUCUGGCACAAAGAUGUUAAGUAUUAUGACAUAUUUGAGCCUCACAGUAGUGCUCCAGUAGCCGGUUUUUACUUGGACCCAUAUGCAAGAUCUGAUGAAAAAAUUAGGACGCAAAAUAAUGGCUGGAUGGUUGCAAUACAAAAUAAUAGCAGUAUUGCAGACACUAAGCCCUUAUCAGCACUGGUUUUUAACUUUGAGCCACCAACUGCCAAACACCCAUCCCACUUGACGUUUACAGAAGUAAAGGCAUUGUUCCAAAGGUUUGGUCAUGCCAUGCAGCAUCUGCUAACCAGAGCUGUGUACUCUGAAGUGGCAGGCCUCAGUAAUGUUGAAUGGGAUGCAGUUGAAAUCAGCGGACACGUUUUGACCCACUGGUUAAACAAAAAAGAAAUUAUCGAUAGCAUAACUUGUCACAGAGACAGUGAAGAUAAAUUGCCGACCACCCUGUUUAACGCAUUAAUGAGCAACCAAAAGCACAUGGCAGGUUUGGAUUUAUCCAGAGAACUCUAUCUAUCAGCUCUGGAUCUUGAAAUCCAUUCCACUAAAGAUUUUUGGCUGGACAUUGUGAAGAGAUUAUGGCCGCAAUACCGCCUAUUUCCCUUGGACAAAUACGACUCGCACCCAUGUUCCUUCACGCAGAUUUUCUGCGACGAGUGGGGGGCGGCCUACUACUCAAACUUGUGGUCGAGAAUGAUCGCAGCAGAUGUGUACAGUGCUUUCCACGAGGUGCAAAACGACGAGCAAAAGUUAAAAGACGUCGGCAAACGAUUCAGGGACACAUUCUUGGCAUUGGGUGGCAGUUCUCAUCCCAGUCAGAUAUUCAGGAACUUUAGAGGAAGAGACCCCUCACCCAAAGCUCUUUUAAGAUCGAUAGGAUUAAAGAAAUCAAAAUGUUAAUUUUUUGUUUAAUUAAUUGUAGGUUUUAAUAAAUUAUAAUUUGUUUUA